UUCUCAAUACAAAUUCCGAACUCCCAACUUCCAAUAACCAAACAUGUCGAGAGAAUUAGGAGCCAACAACGCCCCCUCACGCGCUGUGAUAACGUGUGAGGCGUGUGAGAGUGCUCCUGCAGCGUUUCUAUGUAAAGCUGAUUCUGCUUCUCUGUGCUGUUCUUGCGAUGCUGAAAUUCACUCUGCUAACCCUCUUGCUCACCGCCACAACCGCGUCCCUAUUGUUCCCUCUGUUGGGGUUGAAGCUGUUGUUUAUGGAGAUGGCGUAGCAGAAGCUGCUUCAUGGUUGUUGUAUGAUAAUAGAAGUGGUGAUGAUGAGUUCUUCUUUGAUGAGAAUUUUGAUGAUAAUCAAUGCCAUGAGUAUGAGUUUGGGUUGAGUAGUGCUUCUCACCAGAGCUUUCAAGUGAAUCAGAUGAAAAAUCAGGAGGCACAGCAUUUUCCACUCGAUGUGGAGUUUGAGUCCCCAAAACCUGUGCUCAGUUACAAUGGUUCUCUUGGUCUAAGUGCCUCAGUUUCAUCAACGGAUUAUAGCAUUGUGCCAGAAUCAACAAUCAGCGAGCUCUCAAAUUCUCAAGGCACAUUGGACCAUUCUUCUGAACCUCCCAAUCCCGUUAAUUUGAUGCCUUCUUCUCUUACUUACAGACAAGCUAGAGUUCUAAGAUAUAUAGAGAAAAAGAAGACAAGAAAGUUUGAAAAGAAAAUCAGAUAUGCUUCAAGGAAGGCCUAUGCUGAGAUUAGACCUCGUGUAAAAGGUCGAUUUGCCAAGAGAAACAAUACUGAAGCUGAAAUGGACCACAUAUUCUCCUCAACUCUAUUUACUGAAGCUGGAUAUAGCAUCGUUCCCUCUUUCUGAAUAUAUAUAUGAUUAGUUUUUGUAUAAUCUAUAAUAUUAUCCUGCACAAUGUUUGUUUUAUGUACGUAGUCCUUAAUAUGCAGUCAUUUAGAUGAUGAUGCGGUUUGUAAAUGUAGUACUGUAUUCAUAUUAAAUUAUUAAAUUGCUGUGUAUUGUUUCAUUACACAAU